AUGGCUGCAGCUAUAGAUAUGUAUAAUAGCAGUAGCAGCUCAGUUUUCUCAGAUCCUUUUAGAGAAGAGCUAAUGAAAGCACUUGAACCUUUUAUGAAAAGUGCUUCAUCUGCCUCUCCUUUAUCUUCUUCUUCUUCCCCAACUUCUUUUUCUUCUUACCCUUCUUGUUACUAUUCGCAACUCACUUCUCCUUCAGAGCCUAACUUGUUUCCUGAACUUUGCUCCCCAUCGAGCACCCACUUGUUUCCUAAUCAUGAGUUCUCUAACUAUAACAACCCGAUGGGUUUUGAGCGAACAGGUUCAAUUGGGCUUAACCAACUCACCCCUUCUCAAAUCCUCCAAAUUCAAGCUCAAAUCCACCAACAGACAGCAGCAGCAGCAAGCAGCAGCAGCUUGCUUCUAUGGCUACCCACAACAUCCCUUCAAAACCAAAGGCUUAACUUUCUUUCCCAAAAGCUGUCCUAUGAAACAUGCCUCCCCAACCCUCCAAAGCCUACAAAACUUUACAGGGGAGUGAGACAGAGGCACUGGGGCAAAUGGGUAGCUGAAAUCAGACUCCCCAAGAACCGAAGCCGCCUUUGGCUUGGCACUUUUGAUACGGCAGAAGAAGCAGCUUUGGCUUAUGACAAGGCUGCUUAUAAGCUUAGAGGAGAGUUUGCCAAGCUCAAUUUCCCCCACCUUAAACACCAAGGAGCCCAUAUUUCUGGAGAAUUUGGUGACUACAAGCCUCUCCAUUCCUCGGUGGAUGCAAAGCUACAAGCCAUCUGCCAGAGCUUGCAGAAACAAGGGAAUUCAGGAAAGACCUGUUCUGUCUCCGAUUCAAAACCUAAUAUUGUUGCUCCUUCACAGCCUAAGGUUGAGUUUGAUUACCCUGUGAAGAGUGAGGAGUUUGAUCUGUCUCCAAGAUUUUCUGAUCCUAAAGUGGAGAAUUUACUGUCAUCCCCGGAUUUAUCCGAUGAGUCAUUGGCAGGAUCUUGUUCACCAGAAUCUGACAUCACUUUGUUGGAUUUCUCUGAUUCAAAGUGGGAAGACAAUGAAAACUUCAGUUUGGAAAAGUACCCUUCAGUGGAAAUUGAUUGGGAAGCCAUCAGGGAACUGUAAAGAACUACUAUCAUGUAAUUUUCUUGUAUUUUCUUAGGUCAACUAUCUUUUCUUUUGUCAUGUAGGCCUUUUUAGUGCUCUAGUAGUCUCUACAAUGAAAUUUUUGACAUUUGUAGAGGUGAUACAGAGCAAUUAGGUGUCAAUUUAGAAUUUGUAUCAUGUUAAUAUGAUUAAGAGAGAGGUAUCUCCUUUAUUGACUGGUCUUGCUGGUACAUUUUUUCCUAGCAAUGGCCAUCGGAGAGCUUCAAGUUUAUGUCUGGUUGCAUUAUUGUAGGUCGAGUGUAAAUUUAAGAAAUCUAUUGUCUUUUGAAUA